UGUCCACGAGGUUGCUCGCACGGGCCUGGCGCCUUCCUCUUGUAUUCACCCCUCUCUUGCACCUGGCUCACCACGUUUAGUGCAUUACCAGAGACCCGUACCCGGGCGAUCGAGCCACUAGUUGAGAUGGAUAAUUCUGCGUAUAUGCCGAAUCAUCUACCGCCGCCAUCCCUGGUCGUGUUUUCACAGGCCGGGGGGCUGCCGGAGGCUCUGAGAAUGCAAAGACCCUUCAAUCCACAAGUGACCGACUCGAAGGAUCUGCAAGUGCCGUUCAGCACGGCGGCCUCCCUCGGCUACGGCCUCCAUCAUAUGCUCCAUCUGCCGCCGCAGUUUCUCCACCCUUUGGAUCACCGUUUGCCGUUCGGAGGAUUCAGGCCUCUGGGGCCGUCGGCCUUCGCCCCGCCGAGCAAGUGCUUGAAAGUGGAGACCGGAAACGGGCCGGUGGCCGGAUCCGGUUUGCCGAGUAUCGGCUCGCUGUCGAGCAUGUCGAACAUGUUCUCACCGUCGUCGUUGUCGUCGGCCAGCGGUGGCGCCGUUGUCUCCGUUUCUGGAGCGUCGUCGAGCAUCGGAGGCGUCGGAGGCGUCGGAGGCGUCGGUGGUGGUGCCAGUGCCGCCACGGGACAGGAAGUGGCGCCACAGAGCCCCGCUGGCUCUACUAGCCGAUCGCCAACUGGGACUGGGACUGGUUCGGUCCCAAAUCGUGGCACCACGCCGGAGGAUGAGGAUCGCGACGCAAAUGCCACCCCUGGCUCCGAGAACACCGAGCGAUCCACGCCUGAGGAAGGACGACCGUAUCGACUAGGGCCUGUGUUCGGGGGCCGAUGCGGCGCGGAGGCGCUCGGGCUGGGGUUAGGGCUGUCGCUGGGCCCGGCCUACAGGUUCGCUCUGCCCCCGGGACUCGCUGCCAAGACCACCCGCUGCCUUGUAUUCGACCAAGGUAGGCCUACCAGCCAUCUUCAUUACCUCUGCCUACGAUCUCGGAUAGAACUGAUCACCUUUCCAUGA